CCUUUAUUGAGAUGAGCACCGGGAUUGCAUCCUCGCAAAACCUAAGGCAACAUCGAAAACAACAGAAAGACAACUUUGUCUCGGUAGAACCAGCAAGAGCGAAAGACCCCGUAUUGUCACAAGACAGAGUUGACUGGGUUGUCUCUUUCCUGUUGAGUGUAUGGAGUUGUUAUAUUAGGUUAUGGAAAAUAUCCCAACCUACUUCUGUUGUAUUUGACGAAGUUCAUUUUGGUGGAUUUGCAAGUAAAUAUAUAAAUCAAAAGUUUUUUAUGGAUGUUCAUCCUCCAUUGGCCAAAAUUUUGAUUACAUGGGCUGCUCAAGUCGUUGGAUUUGAUGGGCAAUUUGAUUUUAAAGAGAUUGGAAAAGAUUAUUUACAAGCAAAAGUCCCUUAUGUUCAGAUCAGAGCUUUUUGUGCAUUGCAUGGCAUAGUGGUAGUGCCUAUGGCGUAUUGGACAAUGCGUACUUUUGAUUUUUCAGUAGCCACUUGUGUUUUGACAGCAUUGAUGAUCUGUUACGAGAACGGAUUUGUGACAAACAAUCGACUUAUUUUGCUUGACUCUAUCCUGCUAUGUUUCACAGCUUUCACAUUGCUUGCUUGGGUAAACCUCUCUCGUCAGCGAAAUGCAUUUAAUUACCAUUGGUGGUUUUGGUUGACCAUGACAGGUGUUGGUCUAGGUUUAACAGUAAGUUCUAAAUGGGUUGGCUUGUUCACCAUUGCUUCUAUUGGUAUGUCUGUAAUUAUACGGCUAUGGCAUUUUUGGGGAGACCUUGGAGUGACCAAUCAUAAUUUCGUGAAACAUAUGGUGGCAUAUGGCGUUUGUUUGAUGAUCAUUCCAUUCUGCAUCUAUUUAGCUGCCUUCAAGGUUCAUUUUGACAUGCUUCCACUAUCAGGACCAGGGAAUAGUUUUAUGUCACCUGAAUUUCAGGUUUCUCUAAAUCAAGUCAAGUUUCCUAAGCAUACUUUUGCAGAUAUUGCUUAUGGAGCCAAAAUUGAUAUUCGCCAUGUGGACACAAAUGGAGGCUAUUUACAUUCGCACGAGCAUGACUAUCCUGGAGGUAGUCAUCAACAGCAAAUAACACUUUACUCUCACAUUGACAGUAAUAAUUGGUGGAUCAUCAAUAAGGCAAAUACGGACGAAGUCAAUAGUCUAGAGUAUGUAAAAAAUGGCGAUAUUGUUCGUUUAAAGCAUUACAAGACACAUCGACGUCUACAUACACACGAUGUUAGACCUAUUACGAACGAUGAAAAGUAUCAGCAUGAAGUUAGCGCUUAUGGCUACAAGGGAUUUGGAGGCGAUGCCAAUGAUCAUUGGCGAGUAGAGAUUUUACCUUAUAAAGGACCAGAUCCAAAUGCAGGCAACAGACUUCGUGCUCGCCGUUCUCAGUUCAGACUUAUUUCAGUCACCCAGAAUUGUGCCUUGUUUUCUCGCAAGCAUAAAUUGCCUGAAUGGGGCUUCAAACAACAAGAAGUGACAUGCAUGAAAGAUGCUAGAUAUCCCAAGACGAUUUGGACUAUUGAAACUACUGAAACAGAUAUUUUACCUGAAGGAUCUGAAAUGGCAACAUAUCAACAAAAGGGGUUUUUUGCCAAAUUUUUGGAGUUGAACAAAGUCAUGUGGGAUGUCAAUAAAGGACUCUCAUCAACACACGUUUAUGCUUCCCGACCCAAGGACUGGCCUCGUCUUAAGCGUGGAAUCAGCUUUUGGUCAAAAGAUGAGUUAAAGAUAUAUUUGCUUGGCAACCCCCUUGUUUAUAUGAUUUCGACUGCUUGCGUAUUAAGCUAUGCUCUACUUAAGAUGUGUAUAUUGAUUGGCAAGAAGCGACGUCUAGAAUUACUUGAUACAAGAUUUACUACACAUGAUACUGCUGCUGGUUUCUUUUUCCUCUGCUGGGCAUUUCAUUAUUUCCCUUUCAAUUUGAUGCAUCGCCAAUUAUUUCUACAUCACUAUAUGCCUUCUUUAUAUAUGGCUAUCUUACUAACAGGUGUGUUUUUUGAAUCACUGAUAUCAAGACUUUCAGCACGUAUACGUUGGCCUCUUACCAUCAUGUGUGUGUUUGCCAUCAUUUUCGUGUACCGUAUCUUUAUACCAAUCACUUAUGCACAGCCUUGGAACACAAAGCAGUGUAUCGCUGCUACUUGGCGUUUUACUUGGGAUUUCAAUUGUAAAUGGUUUGGAGAUCAUACCAUUGAACCAUAAGAAAAGCAGAACAAAAGGUGCCAAUGAUAAAAAUAGAAAUCAAUGCUCAUCAUAUUAGACUAACAUUGGAUUAACAUACACUUUAAGAAACAAUUUACAAUUAAAAGCAAAAAAAAAAAAAAAAAAAAA